AUCACAAAUUUUUGCUUGUGAAAGUGGGGGGCCAUUUGGCCUCAAAAAGACCCUUCUUUGUCUUUGUGGUUCUUACACCUUAAGAAUUUCGUUUGGAAAUUACACACUUCAGUAAUUCCGUUUGGAAAUUAUGGUUCUGGAGCCCUAUCCCACGUGGUUUGAUGCAGAGUGUCUGGACAGGGGCCUAGGGAUGUGUGUUCUGAAUAAUAAUAAACAUCCCUAGUGAUUUCUGGCACUUGGAGAAAUGGCACGGUAGCUAACCGUCUUUGCCUCUUCCAGGUGAUCCUGAGGGAGGUCUAGGGAGGCAUAUUUUUGGCUUCUAGCAGAAGGAAAACGUGUUUCUAUUCAGAGGUAUUGGCAACAUAGGUAGUGAGCUCCCCAUCACGGGAGGCAUGCGAGUCCUGGCAGGUCACCAUGGAACCAAGAGUGAACCAACAUACCCUAAACUCCCAAGAAUUUGCCCUAACCUGUGCCACCUGUCCAAAGUAAAACUUUGUCUUUUAUUUAAAUUGGCUCACUGGUUUUUAAAUUUUAUUUAUUUAUUUUACUUAAAUCAGCUGCGUUUCAAAGGGCAUUCUGUGUGACUGCCGUAAAUGGAAGCGGGGCAUUGCUGUAAAAAAGGAGACCCAUUGAAACAAAGCUGACGGCUUCCCACUGGACCCACAACAGUAAUAACCGCUGAUAGGUCUGGAGCUCUUACCAUGAGCUGUAAGGCUCCGGUUCCUUCUGUGUGUGUGUCAGUUGAACCUCACAGUUACUCCACGAAAUGUGGGGAAGCUCCCCCAGGGGUGGGGAGUGGGGCCCCAGACCAGCACUCGGACACUCGCACACUCAUGCUGGGUGAGUGGCUGUGGGUGGGUGUCCGGGUGUGCCUUCGAGAGGCAGCAAGCACGUGGGUGGACCUGGACGUACCCUGCCCAGCUCCAUUCCCUGUGGAAUCUUGGGCACGUGGCUUAGCUCUCGGGCCUCAGUUUUCUCAUCUGUGAAAUGGGGUGGAAAUAGGACUCACCUUGAGGAGCGUUAGGAUUGAAGGAGAGAUGUGUGUCCGGGCCCUUGCAUGCAUCGGCCCGUUCCUGUCACCCCGGGCGCUGGAGGGAUGGCCACCCAGCUGCUGACUGACGAGGCCCUGGAAUCAGUGACAUUCAGGGACGUGGCCGUGGACUUCACGCAGGAGGAGUGGCAGCAGCUGGAGCCUGCCCAGAAGGACCUGUACAGAGAUGUGAUGCUGGAGAACUACAGGAACCUGGUUUCUCUGGACUUGGAGUCUAGACCUGAAAUGAAGGAAUCGGGUCCAAAGGAGGACAUUGCGGAACACAGGCCAUCCGUCGGGGCGGUGGCUGAGGGACCCACGAGAAAUGGUGCCUGCGGCCUGGCCUUUGAAGGCGCGUGGACCCGGGGUGACUGGGUGGAGAGGAGGCAGCAGGGGGGCGCCAGGACCUGCCUGGGGCGGUCGGAGGUUUCUCAGGAGCUCGCCCCCGAGUGUCGUCGUCGGGAACCUCAGGUCCUCUCCCCACAAAGCUCCAGCCUGCGCCCGCCACCAUCGGCGGGUCCGGGGGAAGCAGGGUCCCAGCCCCGUGUGGUACUCGGCGCAGACCUCAGCCAGCCCUCCAGACUGGACGCAGAGGAGAAGCCUUACGCGUGCGCCACGUGCGGCAAGGCCUUCAACCGCAGCUCGUCCCUCGUGAAGCAUCGGAGGACCCACACCGGGGAGAGGCCCUUCGAAUGUGACGAGUGCGGGAAGCACUUCAUCGAGCGCUCGUCCCUCACCAUCCACCGCAGGGUCCACACCGGGGAGAAGCCGUACCGGUGCGGGGACUGCGGCAAGGCUUUCAGCCAGCGCAUGAACCUGACCGUGCACCAGCGCACGCACACGGGCGAGAAGCCGUACGCGUGCGCCGCGUGCGGGAAGGCCUUUCGCAAGACCUCGUCCCUGGCGCAGCACGAGCGCGUGCACACGGGCGAGCGGCCGUACGCGUGCGGGGACUGCGGCAAGGCCUUCAGCCAGAACAUGCACCUGACCGUGCAUCGGCGCACGCACACGGGCGAGAAGCCGUACGCGUGCGCCGAGUGCGGGCGCGCCUUCAGCCAGAACAUGCACCUGACCGAGCACCGGCGCACGCACACGGGCGAGAAGCCGUUCCGCUGCGGGGACUGCGGCAAGGCCUUCAACAAGAGCUCGUCGCUGACGCUGCACCGGCGGAACCACACAGGCGAGAAGCCGUACGUGUGCGGCGAGUGCGGCAAGGCCUUCAGCCAGAGCUCCUACCUGAUCCAGCACCAGCGCUUCCACAUCGGGGUCAAGCCCUUCGAGUGCAACGCGUGUGGCAAGGCCUUCAGCAAGAACUCGUCGCUCACGCAGCACCGGCGGGUGCACACGGGCGAGAAGCCGUACGAGUGCUCUGUGUGCAGGAAGCACUUCACGGGCCGCUCGUCCCUGCUCGUGCACCAGACGGGCCACACCGGCGAGAAGCCGUACGCGUGUGGCGAGUGCGGCAAGGCCUUCAGCCAGAGCGCGUACCUCAUCGAGCACCAGCGCAUCCACACGGGCGAGAAGCCGUAUCGCUGCGCCCAGUGCGGUAAGGCCUUCAUCAAGAACUCCUCGCUCACCGUCCACCAGCGCAUCCACACCGGCGAGAAGCCCUACAGGUGCGGCGAGUGCGGGAAAACCUUCAGCCGGAACACCAACCUCACGCGCCACCUGAGGAUCCACACCUAGGGGGAGGCGCGGGGGGGGGGGGUGCCUGGUCCCGGGACCUGCCUUGGGGGGGGAGCCUGAGCCCCCAGCACGGGCGGUGCAGACGCGGGAGCCCCCGGGUAGCGCGCCCCAGGUGGGCCUUACGAAUGGGGACUUGUGCACAGGUCCUCUUGCUACGGGGCACCCGCAGGGCCGAAGGAGGAAGCCAGUCCCUCCGUGUCUAAUGUGCUUAGGAACAUGGUUAGGGUCGCUGUGGCUGGACACUCACGGGAGCCCCAGAAACCGGGGCAUCAGGGUUCUAGGCCGUGGGAGUGGACUGUAAGGGCUGGGACAGAGCACUUAGUGUCCCGAGGGGGACACUCCGGAGGAGGGGGCUGAGAGGGGGAGGUGGACUCCAUAAGUGAAUGUGGACAUUUUGGGACCCUAGAUCUAGUGCAGAUGCCAGGUGGGCACCCUCCUGAGUUUCCUCCUGGGGUGGAAGCCAGAGCCCCGCUCCCCUCCAUCCCUCUGUCUGUCCCCAAGCCACUAACGCCGGAGAAGCUGACAAGCUGUGUGACAGGGAGGAAGGAGGUGGUUUUCAGAGUCAGCAAAUAAUAGUAAGCACUUGGGAUGCCCAAGUUUCUCAUAGUGGUCAUUUAGGUUUUUUUACAAUAAAACUUUUAAAAGUGUAAUUUUUAAAAAAUGUUUAUUUAUUGAGAGAGGGAGGGAGAGAGUGGGGGAGGGGCACAGAGAGCAUCCCAAGCAGGCUCCACGCUGUCAACAAAGAGCCAAACACAGGCCUGGAUCUCAUCAACGAUGAGGUCAUGACCUAGGCCCAAAUCAAGUCAGAUGCUCAACUGGCUGAGCCACCCAGGCACCCUGAGAGACCAGUGUCAUUUUAAACAGUUGUCGGGUUCAGAAGAUACAGGAACCAGUUCUGCCAUCAAAAUCAGUCUCCUGCUUGUGGGGAGAGGGGGGAGGGCAGGUGAUUCAGGUUUAAAUACUUAACUGGGUUUAGUCAGUACACAUUUCUGAACACAGACUGCCUGUUUUUAUAGCUGUUUUUUGCAGUCGAAUUUGAAGGUAGCUCCAAGUGAGUCUCCUAAGGCUGACCUGGUGCUUUGUUUACGUGAAGAGCUCCCCCAGGGUCUCCUUUCUCGGGGGACUUUGAUGCUGCCCUUUUUCCUUUUAACAUUCGAUGCCACUUGCCCCAAAUGUCCUGGUGUUUCCGAACGUCCUACGCUUCUUGACGAUGUCUGCAAAGAACAAACAACUCACUUUGAGAGAUCA